CAACGACUGACCAUCCUUCUAAUUCUUGUCUCUUGCAAUUGCAUUUGCCACUAUCUAUUCUAGGAUCAAAUCUGUUGGUAUAUUUAUCUUCAUAUACAAACCUUGCUAUGCACAAUGCCGAACUCCAUAUGAAUUCCUUUCUGAAGCUCCGCGAGCCUUCAAUUCUUCUCCUCCUUUCACUUCGGGAUAUCCCUCAAUUCAGAGUUACACUUGAUCAUAUUGGGCAAUAGCCCAACAAUUCUAAGGUUCAUAUAUAAGGUACAUAGGUACAGAUAUAUUCAACAAAAAAGUCAGGUCGAAUAAAUGGCACGCAACCCUUCCCAUCCGCGACCUUUCUCCGCCGACUUCUCAUCCAGGCCCGAAUCAUCCUCAAUGCUCUAUUCUAUACUGCCCUCCGCCGUCCAGUCACGGCUUCCGCGGCUUCCAUCUCUGCGACGCUCUGUUAGCAUGUAUGGUUUGACGGCACGACCAAAAAGCGCAGAUUCUUCCCGACCGCCAUCGCCUGGCGCGAGAACGCCCGAGGCGGGGUUUGGAAAUGCCAUGGUCUUGAGUAAUGCAGCAUGCGAGGAUUUAUACUUUUCUACGAGCGGGAUGGAGACGAGUGAGGAGCAUAGUGAGACACACAUGGAUGGGAGAAAGAGGACUCAGACAAUGUCGAUAGAAGAGAGCAGUAGUGGGGUUGGGUGGAAGUUUGCGAAUCAAGGAAUCAACCUUCUCUCCCUCGCCGCCGAGGAAUCGUCUACCAUAUCUCAGGACCCGCGAUUCGUAAGACAACUUUACCUCCAUGCCGUGACCUACCUCCUCCGCGCCCUGCCCACCGACCUCACCACCGAGGAACAGCUGAGUGUACGCAGCGCUCUGCCUCCUGGUAUCGUGGAGCCUCUACGUCUAGAAGCACACCCCGCCUACAACUCCAAAUCCAACUUCUCUGGCUCCUCCAACCCCCCUUCGGUUCUGCACCGCGCCCUCGCCUCAACUAUCGUGCAGCUCUUUAUCCUAUUCCAGUUUCUUCUUCCAUACCUCAAAUAUCUACUGCGGGCGGCUUAUCAGUACGACCGCACGCAUAAGAUUUCGGAGAGGGUGCUGAGCGGGAGUAUUGAAACGGUCGAUACGCUGGGCAAGACAGGCCUGGGUAUUAGCGCGGCGGUGCUGGGCAUGGGCGAUGGGAAGGUGGGACAGAUGAUGGCGGACCUGGCGAGUUGGAUUGUGGAGGGCGUUACGGGUGGGAUUCAUGAGGGGGUUGGUGAGGGCAUGGCUAUCAUUGGAGCAACAAGGAGACAGGCACCGGAGGUUACGGUGCGGUGAGAGGUGCCGAUUCUAUGGUCUGCGAUUGCGGGAUGCGUUAUGCUUUAUGAUACCAUGCUCCAUCUAAUGGCGUUGGGGUUGGCUCAGUUCUGGGUUUGGUUGGUUUGAAUGGUCAACGAUAGACAUAGCGCGCGGGAGUUGGGCAUAUAGAAUCUUUUUGAUAUACUACUGUACGAAGAGAUCAC